AUGGCCUUUUGCUUCCUGAACGCGCUGUCCCGGUCUCGUCCCAGGUCUCUGAGGCGUCAGGAUCCGGGGCGAGCUCCGUGGACGCCCCGGCGGGAAGAUGUUGUCGCCUACGCACUGCGACGGCGGCGAAGCGCUUACCUCGAAGACUGCAGUGAGCACAGGUCUGUGUCGUCCGAAAAAAGUGUGCAAGCGCACCCAGAGGCGGGAGGUCACCACAGGGAGGCGUUCAACGGGCCGGUCUGGAGCGGGGAGCCACACCCAGCCACCAACCUAGCCGACUUUGAUGUUGUACUGUAUUCUCCCUCGAAGAUCAACGUUUUUCUGCGAGUUAUAAGGCGAAGACCGGAUGGAUUUCACGAGCUGGCAACUGUGAUGCAGGCAAUAUCGCUGGUGGACCGGAUUGGCUUUCAGGAGCUGCCGGCGGGUGCGUCUGCUGACGUGCUCGAGUGCAACAACGCAAAGGUGCCGCUCGACAAAACGAACCUGAUCAUCAGGGCUUUGGACACUUUUCGCACACAUUCGGGCUCUAGGAAACACUAUCGGGUGCAUCUGGAUAAACAGAUCCCCACGGAAGCAGGUUUGGGCGGUGGCUCGGGUAAUGCGGCUACCGCCCUCUUUGCAGCAAAUAGGUUGUGCGGUGAGCCUGCCUCCAACGCCGACUUAAUCCGCUGGGCCAGUGAGAUUGGCUCGGAUACGGCUUUUUUCUUUUCCAGUGGCUCGGCGUUCUGCACGGGCCGCGGGGAGCAGCUCCAUCCGAUUCGACCGCUAGCUCCAACAACGGUCUACAUUGUGAAGCCCAGAGGCGUUGGGCUGAGCACUGCCUCCGUGUACAGAGCGUUGAGCUUGCACCAACUUAAUCGCGAGGACCAUCUAGACCCACAUGUGCUCUGUGAACAGAUGGAACGAAUUGGUCCGCUCUGUGCUCCGCUCGUGAACGAUCUGGAGGGGCCGGCGUUUGCGCUAAUGCCUCCGUUACGGCAUUUGAAGACGUUUCUUGAGUCGUUCGGCUUCCAGCGAGUGCUCAUGAGCGGUAGUGGCACCUCGUUUUUCGCAUUAGGCUGCCCCGACAGCGUCCACAGCGAAUCGUUUAGGAACCUCGUUUCAAAUAUGGGCUUGCAGCAUGCAGGACCCCUACAGCAUCUCUUCCCCGAAGGUGUCGACGUGUUCAAAUGCGGUUUUAUUCACCGCGAUGCGGAGCAUUUCUGGUACAUGGAGAAUCCGGCGAGCACGAAAGACGACUCGCGGUUUACAGGCCAACCACCACCGUCACCGCCGCAUACCGCAUCCAGGCCGGACUGCUUAGGCGACUCGCCGAGCACCUGA